AUGUCACUGACUCUACUGCUGACCACCCUGGGACUCCUGGUUCAUGGUUCCUCAGCAGAAAUCACCUUGACUCAGACUCCAGCAUCUCAGUCUGUUGUUCCAGGACAGACUGUCUCCAUCACAUGUAAAGCCAGUGCUGCUGUUGAUGAUGAUUUGCACUGGUACCUUCAGAAACCUGGAGAAGCUCCUAAACUCCUAAUUUAUAGUGCUGUAUCACGUGGGUCUGGAGUGUCUGACCGUUUCAGUGGAAGUGGAUAUGAUAUCGAUUUCACUCUGACCAUCAGCAGAGUUCAGGCUGAAGAUGCAGGAGUUUAUUACUGUCAACAUGAUGAGAACGUCCCGUUCACACAGCUGGGAGCCCUUGGAGGCCUCACAGGUCACAGAGCCCACCUUCCUCCACUGGUCUGCAGGGAGCCUCAGGGUGCUGCUCCAGCUCUCAUCUGGACUCUCCUCUGCUGCUGCUUCACAGAGUCCAGAGGUCAGGUCACAGUGACUCAGCCUGCAGCAGUGACAGCUGAUCUUGGAGGAUCUGCCACCAUAAGUUGUCAGACGUCACAGAAUAUUUAUAGCAACCAUUUAUCCUGGUAUCAACAAAAAGAUGGGCAAACUCCUAAGAGGCUCAUUUAUUAUAUCAGCUCUCGAGACUCAGGGACUCCAAGUCGUUUUACAGGCAGUGGAUCAAACUCUGACUUCACUCUGACCAUCAGUGGAGUUCAGGCUGAAGAUGCUGCAGUUUAUUACUGCAUGGGUCAAUUCUACAUCAGCAGCACAUAUUCAUACACACAGUGA